CGUUUCAAUGGAGAUAGAGAGGCGCCGCGGAGGAAAGUGCUCUACGAGAGAAACCGAACGCUCGUUGAAUGUUCCUUACUUCCUUAGCUCUACGAAAGAAGGGCUAUUAGCCACCGUCGCUGUAAUUUUUAAACGUGGUUACGAGUUGCAAUUGCAGUGGAUCAGCUAUUCCGUGUUUUAAUUAAGGGUGUCAGGGAGGCCUCUCAAGUUUCUGUUUCUUCGAAUCGAAGUGCUCAGGUCUCAAGACCAUUGGAUAUGGUAACUAGACGCAAUGUUCGUUACUCUCCUCUCGCCACGGAUGAGGAUAACUUUAUUGAGACUAGCUUGGAUAGACCGUUUGAUCCUCGUUUUGAUUUUAGCCCAAAAGCAUUGGAUAAAGUUCCCUGGAAAUCCAUUGCUCUUGCACUCUUCUUGUUGUUCCUUGGGACAACGCUUUUGGUUAUUUCUUUCUUUGUCUUCACCGGUCACAUGGGUGGAGAGCGGUCUCAAGCUUAUGGCCUUUUAGUCCUAGGGAUUCUCAGCUUUCUUCCAGGCUUUUACGAGACUCGAACCGCAUAUUAUGCAUGGAGGGGUGCCAAAGGAUACAGUUUUUCUGCCAUCCCUGCUUAUUAGGGCUGUACAAUACAACUCUCUUUCUUUUGAUGCCUGUUUGCUAGUCUUGUCUUAAAUUAUGGAUGGAAAAACACCUUAUAGAAAUGCAGUCUUCUUUCUCAUGUGGUUCAGUAAUGCAGCAUCCAGCUGUAAAAUCCUAUGCAUAGCUUUCCAAUUCCACUGGAUUGGUCAUAAUUCCGCUUAUCAAAAUAAAACUGGGGGCAUGAGGAAUCCGCAGAAAUGUAAAAUUCAUAUAACUGCUUUCUUAGACCGAAGGUGGUUUUUAACUGCUUCCCUCUGUAUUACGCGAGAAAAGUCUUAAACCAUAUCGGGAUGUUGAUCUGUUUAAUAUGUUGACCAAGAAAAAAUGUGUUUAAUAUGGGAUUAACUUUUCCU